AUGGCUGAACCACGAAGGGUGCAGCUAACCACACUCUCUGGUAGUGAAACCUGCCUUCCCACAAGUUUACUGAAGAAACCACAGAAUGAAGGAGCAGUCGUUACCCCUGUGGACCCAGAAAGGACUGACAGAGACCCAACCGCUCGGCUGGUACUCGCUCUCUUUCAACCAGAUCAAAGACACUGUCCAGAGUUUAACUAUCCUGAACUGGUAAAGAAAACAAAGAAGGAUUGUGUGAAAGAAUCUCGGGAACCUUUUGAGGAAGAUGAUGAGGGGAAACAGAGCCUGCAGCUUGAAGUGCUUGCUAAGAAGUUUGAAGAAAGAUACGGGCCGAAGAAGCGUAAAAAGGACCGUAUGCAGGACUUAAUUGAUAUGGGCUAUGGAUAUGAUGACACAGACCCAUUUAUUGACAACUCAGAGGCUUAUGAUGAGCUUGUGCCGGCUUCACUCACGACAAAAUACGGUGGGUUCUACAUCAAUUCUGGAACGCUGCAAUUCAGGCAGGCAUCGGAAUCUGAACCAGACGACGAUUUAACUAAGGAGAAAAGGAGGCUGAAGUCUCCAAAGAAACGAAAAUUAAAGGAUGGAAGUGAAAAGGUCAUGAAAAAGAAGAAAGAAGAGGGUCAGCAUAAAGAAUCCCAGGUUGCUAAAGCUGGAAUUAUGCCACUUAAUCCCAGUAAGGAAGAAAAGAAGAAAAAGAAAAAGUUCACCGGAGUGCUGAGUGUAAAAGAAAUGUUCCAGAAGUUCCAGAAGGAGAAGGAAGCCUUUGAAAAGGAGGAUGGGAAGCCUCUGUCCAGCCUUCAGCCUGUGGCUGCGCCGCCUCGGGCGGUGGACAGCAACCUCAGUGUGUCCGACCCUCUGCUCUCUCUUAUUGGCUGUGCUAACGAAAGUGAUCUACUGCAUGCAGCUAGCACUAUCGACUUGGGUGACAUUGAUCUAGAGAAGCUUCUUUAUGACUCUCCAGCUGCAAGCCCCCUUGACCUGGACGAGGGUAGCGACCCUCUCUCAGGAGGUCCGGGUCAGGUUCUCAAACAGAGCCCUGUGCUGCCUGAAGGUUUGCCAGCCCCUUUGGAGAGGCGCAUCAAAGAACUCACUCAGGCUGCCAAAGCAUCUGAGGGAGAGGGAAAACAGAAGUUUUUUACACAAGAAAUCAACAAUAUGCUUUUAGAUGUUGAGCUUCAGUCCAGAGAAUUACAUAACCCGACACGCUCUGCCGUUUAUGCACAUCUGGCCUCUUUUCUUCCCUGCAGUAAGGACACUCUGAUAAAAAGGGCAAAGAAGUUGCAUUUACAUGAGCAGGAUGGACGUCUUAAAGAGCCACUGCACAAACUAAAAGCAGCUAUUGGUAGAGUCAUGCCAGGCCAGAGCGCCAAGUACCAAGACGACUGCCAAGCUCACACCCAGGCAAAGUUUGCCAAAAUGCUGGAAGAAGGGAAAGAGAAGGAACGCUCUGACGAGGAGGAGGAGGAGGAGGAGGGGGAUGAAGAGAAGAAUGGGAAGCGGGUGAUGAGUCCUCGGAAGAAGUUCCAGUGGAACGACGAGAUCAGGGAAUUUCUUUGCAACGUUGUAAGAAUAAAAAUGGGCAGUUAUGAGCUGGAGAGAAACAAGUCCCACUCUGCAGAAGAAUAUCUAAAGGCUUUCCUGGAAGCUGAGGUCAAGCCACUGUGGCCUAAGGGGUGGAUGCAAGCAAGGGUGCUGUUUAAGGAAAGCAGGCGGGUACAUAGCUACAUCACUUCUAUACCGACCAAAAAGAAGGUCAUUAAUCUGCCGAAAAUAAAAAUGAAGGAUCCAGUUGUGAGAGUAAUGGGUUCGACGAGCACCUCGCUGCUGCAUUCGGGUGGCCCAGCAGUCCUGGCACAGGGCCCUGGUAGUAAUGCACUGAGCCCUGUGGGUUUCUUCAUUCCAGCCAGCGCCACUGCACACAGCUCCAGCACCCCGCACUCCUUCACUAGGGACGAUUCUCUGGAUGAAGAUUUGAUCCACAACCCUCCGUCGCUGCAAGGCGUUUCUGAGGAACUGGCUGCCCUGAACAGUGCUGCAAGGGGAAGUCCUGAUUUUUGUUUCUCUGCUGUCCAUAAACCAACUUCUGCUAACCUGCCAGUAUUAACAUCAUCUGAUGAGAAGAAUUUUCCAAAACCAGUUCAUGUCACAUCUGUCGCUACUUCUGCUGCAUCAUCACAGUCGCCCCUAAAUCUUUUAGCAGAACAGGCAUUAGCGCUUGGACAGCUUUCACAAGAGAGGAAGUCUCAAAACUGUUCCACUGCUCUUUUGAGUGGAUACAAAGGGCAUCUGUCGCAGACUUCUACAUGUAACAAAGUCCUUUCUGACAGUCUGCAGACCAAGCACAAGAACCUCAGCUUACUGCGAACAACUUCCAGCUCUGUGCAGAGCCUCAAGCCUUUUCACCAGACCAGCCAAUUACAGAAAAGCUUUCCUUCGUCUGCGCAGUUCAGCAUCAGCCAACUGCAAAGCUCGUCUCAGUCUAAAGCAUCAAAGCUGCUUCAGCAAUGUGCCAGCAUGCAGCAGUCAAAAACAGCUGCAAAGACACAGCCUUUUCAUCCUCCCCACUCCUCUCUACCCGGUGCUGUUCAAGCUUCCUCUGUUACUGUGUCUAAAAUUCUUUCUUCUACAGGAUCUUCUGUCAGUUAUAUGUCUAGCACUUCCAGCCAGGUGUAUAAGCCCACUUUUUCAUUGCCUGCAAUGACAAAGUCCAGUGUUCUUUCAAGUAGCUUAGCACACAGUGCCUCUGUUAGCAAUAAGAAGUCGCCUUCUCCAAACCAAACCUCCAGCUUGCAGUCUCAAAGCUCCACCGUUAAGAAGCCUGUGGUUUCUCAGAAACUCACCCUGGUUGCUCCUCCGGGGGGUACCAACGGAGAUUCCUCUAUGGGCACACAAGGUGUGGCAAGGCUUUUGACAUCAUCCCUCAAACCAGUAGUGGUUACCAGCUGUUCAGCAUCUGCUCCUGCAAGUUCGGUAAGUGAAAUGAAGAUCUUAAGUCUAAAAUAAUGUUUAUCUUCACUC